GGUUUGGAAGCUCGGAAUACCUGAGGUGGGGAACCCGAGGAGAGGGCAGGGCCGGAGCUUCGGCUUUGUACUGCUGAGGAGCUCUGCCUUUUUCCGUAAGAGGAGCCCAGAGGAGGACUCAAUAUCAAAGCCAUGGCUCAGGGGUCAGUGAUGUUCAGUGAUGUGUCCAUAGACUUCUCUCAGGAGGAGUGGGAAUGCCUGAAUGAUGAUCAGAGAGAUUUAUACAGAGAUGUGAUGUUGGAGAAUUACAGCAACCUGGUUUCAAUGGGACAUUGUAUUUCUAAACCAGAUGUGAUCUCCUUCUUGGAGCAGGGGAAGGAGCCCUGGUUGGUUGACAGAGAACCAACAAGAUACCAGUGGCCAGUCCUGGAAUCAAGAUGUGAGACCAAGAAAUUAUUUCUGAAGAAGGAAAUUUAUGAAAUAGAGUCAGCCCAGUGGGAGAUAAUGGAAAGACUUACAAGACAUGACCUUCAGUGCUCUAGUUUCAGAGGUGACUGGGAAUGUAAUGGCCAGUUUGAGAGACAACCUGGCUCUCAGGAGGGACAUUUCAGUCAACUGAUAUUCACCCAUGAAGGCAUGCCCACUUUUAGUCAACAUCCAUCCUUGACAUUACAGCAAAUCAUUAAUAAUAAAGAGAAAUACUGUGCUACUAAGGAAUAUAGGAAAAACUUUAGACAUGACUCACAGCUUACCACACAUCACAUAAUUCAUACCAUUGAGAAACCUUAUGAAUGUAAGGAAUGUGGAAAGGCCUUUAGACAUCCCUCAAGACUCAGUCAUCAUCAGAAAAUUCAUACUGGCAAGAAACCCUUUGAAUGUAAGGAAUGUGAAACCUUUAUUUGCGGCUCAGACCUUACUCGCCAUCACAGAAUUCACACUGGUGAGAAGCCCUAUGAAUGUAAAGAAUGUGGGAAAGCCUUUAGUAGUGGCUCAAACUUUACUCAGCAUCAGAGGAUUCACACAGGGGAGAAGCCCUACGAAUGUAAGGAAUGUGGUAAUGCCUUUAGUCAGAGCUCACAACUGAUUAAACAUCAGAGAAUCCACACAGGUGAGAAACCCUAUGAAUGUAAGGAGUGUGAAAAGGCUUUUCGUUCUGGUUCAGACCUUACUCGACAUCAGAGAAUUCAUACUGGUGAGAAGCCCUAUGAGUGUAAGAUAUGUGGGAAGGCCUAUUCUCAGAGUUCACAGCUUAUUAGUCAUCAUAGAAUCCAUGCUGGUGAGAAACCCUAUGAAUAUAGGGAAUGUGGAAAGACCUUUAAUUAUGACUCACAACUUAUUCCACAUCAAAAUUUGUACUGGUGAUAAAACAUAGAAUAUCUAAAAUGUGUGGGAAGGCUUUUAAUUACAGCUCAAAACUAUUCAACAUCAACUAUUCAACAAGAGAAUUUAUCUUGAUAUUAAUCCCUCUAAACAGAAUCAUGUAGAAACAUCUUGUCAAUGACAGCUUAUUCAGCCAUGAAAAAUCUUGUAGGAGAAACUCCCUAUGAGUAGAAUACACUUUGGAAGCCCUUUAAUAAAAGCUCCUGUUUCUCUUGCCAUCAGAUAAUUCAGUCUCUUAAACAUUGAAAAUGACAGCAGCACUUUGGGCACCUUUCUAACCUUAUCUUAAACAUCAAAGUAUACAUGCUGAAAUGUAAUCCUGUGACUUUCAUUUUCUUUUUCCCCAGAUUUGCCUAUAGUUGUUACAUUCAUCUCUUAAUGCAUCUUAAAUUCAUAUGACUGUAAAGUCCAUCUGUUACAUCACGGUUUGUAAAAUACCUUUAUUUUAAAAAUACCUUUAAUGCCCAAUAAAAGUGACCUCUUUAUUUUUGAAGAUGUCUUAUUCUUUCUGCUCUUUACAAAAUUCAGACAUUCUUACUGUAAAACACAUUCAUGGACAGCUUAUCACUCACUACAUGGAGAUCCUAGGAUCUUCAUGGUUGUUUCCAUGUGUUGCUGUAAUAUUUCAUCAAAUCCCUAUUGAUAGACAUCGCAGUUUCCUCCGGAGUUUUUGCUGUUAUACACAGUGCCCCAAUGGACGCUCUCCCUGGGCGUAUCCUUGAAUCAUGUCUUUUAUUUUAAUUGCAGAAAUAAUGCAUCAAUGUGUUUUCCUUAUAAUAGAUUUAAACAUUGCAAAUAAGGCAGACAUACCCUUUGACCAUUAUCCUUGCACUCAUUUCCCUUCCCAAAGGAUAGUCUUUAUCGGUUUAGUAUUUAUCCUACCUGAAUAAUUUUGCUUUUUAUACAUAUAUGUCUCAGCAGAAAUUAUAAAGUGAGGAUAUUUAUAAUACCUACCUCAUAAUUUUGUGUAAGGAUCAAAUAAAGACAAAGUUUUUAGAAUUGUGCCUGUCAUAUAAUAAAUAGAUAUCCACAGAAUGUUGGUCAUUGCUACUAUAUUCAUCAUUGUCAUUAGUAUCA